UAUUAAGAUAGGAGGGAAAAUGUUUUAAGAAAGCCCAAUGGCCUUCCCUACGUUUACGCAAUCCCUUUAGUUUUGCGGGAAAUUCUGAGCUUUGAAAAAUGGUGGGUUGAAGAGGUAGAGAAGAUCAGCAAUAGCACUUUGUCUUGUCUGUGCCCUGAAGCCAGCCAUCCAAACCCCGCUGCGAUUGUCCUCGUUCUCGUUCUCGUCCUCUCUCAGCCGCGGAAUCCGUCCCCCCGGAAUCUGCCAUGGAAGAUGUAUAGAAUAUUAUCGACGCCGGCGUCGAAGUUCCGCCAGUUCCGGCGACUCCGGUCUCGACCGAAGGCAGCGACAGCGACAGCGACAGAGGAGGAGCACGCGUUCCAGAUCCUAUGGCGUUACCAGAUCCUGGACCCCGACAGCGACAUCGUGGCCUAUUGGAACCGGGUGUUCCUUGUUACGAGCCUCCUCGCCCUCUUCAUCGACCCUCUCUACUUCUUCCUCCCCACCGUUGGCGGCCCCGCCUGCCUCCAGGCUGAUCCCAAACUCAGCAUCCUCGUUACCAUCCUCCGCUCCUUCGCCGACCUCUUCUACGUCCUCCACAUGAUCAUGAAGUUUCGCACCGCCUUCGUCGCCCCCAACUCUCGAAUCUUCGGCCGCGGCGAGCUCGUCAUGGACGCCCGCGAAAUCGCCAUGCGCUACUUGAAGUCUGAUUUCGUCAUUGACCUUGCUGCCACCAUCCCUCUCCCCCAGAUUGUUAUUUGGUUGGUGAUUCCUGCCAGUAGAAACGCAAGAACUGACCAUGCCAACAACACUCUUGCACUUUUUGUUCUUAUUCAGUAUGUUCCUAGGUUGUUUCUUAUCUUUCCUUUGAACCAGCGUAUUCAGAAAACCACUGGAGUUAUCGCCAAGACUCCCUGGAUUGGAGCCGCAUACAAUCUUGUUCUCUACAUGCUAGCUAGUCAUGUUACAGGAGCGACUUGGUAUCUAUCAUCAAUAGGGAGGCAAUUUAGCUGCUGGAAAACGCAGUGCCAACUGGAGAACAAAUCCCAUACCCUCUCUUGCUUUUCUAGUUAUCUUGAUUGCAAUAGUUUGAACCUCCCUGAUAGACAAUACUGGCUAAACAUCACCCAUGUAAUCAGCAGAUGUGACGCAAAGAGCAAGAUCAACAUCAAAUAUAAGUUUGGUAUGUUCGCAGAUGCUUUCCUCAAUGAUGUUGUCACUUCCAGUUUCAAGGAAAGAUACUUCUAUUGUCUUUGGUGGGGUUUGAGAAAUUUAAGCUCAUAUGGACAGAAUUUGGACACCACCACAUAUCUUCCAGAGACACUCUUCUGCAUCGUCUUAUGCAUUGCUGGAUUGGUUCUCUUUUCACUUUUGAUUGGAAACAUGCAGACGUACUUGUCAUCAAUGUCAGUUAGACUUGAAGAAUGGAGGAUUCGGAAAAGAGAUACUGAAGAGUGGAUGAGGCAUCGCCAGUUACCACAGGAUUUGCAGGAACGUGUCCGUCGUUUUGCUCAAUACAAAUGGCUUGCAACAAGAGGAGUCAAUGAAGAAGCCAUACUUCUUUCACUACCUUUGGAUCUUCGUCGAGAAAUUCAACAUCACUUGUGUCUUUCUCUUGUGCGCCGUGUACCCUUCUUCUCACAAAUGGAUGAUCAACUUCUUGAUGCUAUAUGUGAACGGCUUGCGUCAUCACUGAGCACCGAAGGAACCUACCUAUUUCGAGAGGGUGAUCCAGUGGAUGAAAUGUUGUUUAUCAUUAGAGGUCAAUUGGAGAGCUCCACAACCAACGGAGGAAGGUCUGGAUUCUUCAAUUCCAUCUCACUCCGGCCUGGUGACUUUUGUGGGGAGGAAUUGUUGACAUGGGCCUUAAUGCCAAACUCAAACCUCAACCUACCUUCUUCUACACGCACAGUCAAAGCACUUACUGAAGUUGAAGCUUUUGCACUACAGGCAGAGGAUCUGAAAUCUGUGGCAAGUCAGUUCAAGCGUCUUCACAGCAAGAAACUUCAGCAUGCAUUUAGGUACUAUUCCCAUCAAUGGAGGACAUGGGCUUCUUGCUUCAUACAAGCUGCUUGGAGACGGCAUCAGAAGAGAAAAGCAACAAGGGAGUUAUCCCUCAAAGAGGGUCUCUACUACCUGGCAUUGUCUGAGGCUGAGAGGGAUGGAAGUGGAAAUUAUGAGAUCGAGGAAUCCUCAGGGAGUGUGAAAAAGGUUCAGAAUCUAGGUCCAACUGUUUUUGCCUCAAAGUUUGCUGCCAAUACAAAGAAAGGAAACCAUAAGCUACAAGAUCCUGUGCCCCAAUUGUUCAAGCCAGAUGAACCUGAUUUUUCUCUAGACCACGAACAAGUUUAGUGAGCACAAGAACCAAUCACCAGCUCAAAAAUGUGCUUAACACCGGUUCAAUACCAAGUUUUAUGACUUGGAUGUAAAUGGUACUGAUAGAUUAGUAAUGGUGAUCACAUUUUUUUUAUAAAAAAAA